AUGUCUUCAACUCAUCGUGAAUAUGUUCGCCAAAAUAUGCCUUUAAUUGGAAUUGGAACUUGGCAAAUCAAAAAAGAACAAACAUUGUAUGAAGUUAUUGAUGCUGGAUUCAAAAACGGAUAUCGAUUUAUUGAUACUGCACAGGUAGAUUUUUGAAAAAGGCUAAUUUGAUUCAGAACGAUAUCCUACAACUCUAAAAUUAUAUAUUUUUAGGUUUAUCAAAAUGAAGCAACAAUCGGAAGAUGUCUUGAGAGACUUCUGCCAAUUCAUGGUUUGACCCGCAAAGAUAUUUUCAUCACUUCGAAAUUGGCUCCAAGUAAUGCUGGAGCUGAAAAAGCACCAAAAAGUAUUGAAAAGUGAGCUGCUCACUAAUUUUUUUUCGAAUUCAAUUCGAUUUUUUCCAGUUCCAUGAAAGAUCUGAAAACCGAUUAUCUCGAUUUGUUGUUGAUUCAUUGGCCUGGAAGUUGGUUGAAAAGUGAGGACGAGAAAAAUCGAGAAUUGAGGAAAGAAAGUUGGAAAGUUUUGGAAGGAUUGUUAGGUGAGGGGAUUUUAAUGAUUUCACUCAUAAAACAUCUAUAAUUUAAAAAAAAAACUUUUCAAAUUUGUUGUAUUUUUUGAAUUUUCAGUAGUUCAAAAAUUUCAUGAAACCAAAAUAAUAGUUGUUUUUAGAAUCCGGAAAAUUGAAAUCCAUCGGAGUUUCAAAUUUCGAAAUUCAACAUUUGGAAGAACUCAAAAACAUCUCAUCAAUUGUUCCAUCAGUGAAUCAAGUCGAAUAUCAUCCACAUUUUCAUCAAGAUGAUCUUGUCAAAUAUUGUCAGGAUAAUGAUAUUCAUUUUCAGGUAAUUUUUGGAAUUUUGAGAGAUACUUUCAAAUUAUAUUCCCUAAACUGCAUGGAGUGGAAACUGAGCUUUUUAAAGAAUUCAAUUCUUGUUUGAUUCAUCAAAAUUUUGAGAAGUUCUCAUAAUUUCAAUUAUCAAAUCGUUUAUUUAUAUAAAUCUAAUUUUAGGCGUAUAGCAGCUUGGGAAGUCCGACUUAUCGCGAAAAGUUAUCGCAAGAUGAAGUGAUCAAAGAACUUGCUGAAAAAUAUCAAGUAUCAAUUCCGGUUUUGUUACUCGGAUUUGCUUAUUGUCAAGGAAUCAGUGUUCUCCCACGAACUACUAAUCCCGAACACGCAAUUGCCAAUUUCCAAGUCACAAAAUUGGUCAUCUCACAAGAAGAUAUUGAGAAACUUUUGAAAAUCAAUGUGGACCACAAAACUUGCUGGGAUCCUCGUGUUGUUUCAUAA